AUGGCGGCGGUGGCGAGGCGGAGGCGGCGGACAGUGCUGAUUCUGAGGCGGCUGCUAAUGUGCGCCAUAGGGACUAUAGCCUUGGUGGCGCUGCUUUAUGUGCACGUUCAGGAAGCUAACAGAUUGCCUGCUGACGCUGUACACAAGCUCCCCUCGCAACAUGAGACUGGGUACCAAAAGCUGAGCAAAGAGGGAAGCUGGACGCAAGAGCUUGCUGCUCCUCAUUUGAAAAACCCUUUCACCACUCAUAAGUUGGAUAGUGCAAGACGGCAUUUGGAUUCGAACAAGUUGUGGAAGAGGCCACCUAACAGAGAUUAUGUACAUUGUACUGAACCAAGUUCAUCUUACAUAACUCACCCGGAAUCUCGAGGUUACUUGCUGGUACAUGCAAAUGGUGGCCUUAACCAGAUGAGGGCAGGGAUAUGUGACAUGGUUGCUGUUGCGCGUCUUAUAAAUGCAACUCUUGUCAUUCCUGAAUUAGAUAAACGCUCGUUUUGGAAAGAUUCGAGCAACUUCUCGGAAGUCUUUGAUGAGUACCAUUUUAUCGAUUCUUUGGCUGCUGAUGUAAAAAUUGUAAGAAGGCUCCCGAAGGAAUUGGCAACUGCCACUAGGGCAAGCAAACAUUUCAGAAGCUGGGCAGGUGCAGAAUACUAUGAGGAAGAAAUAACAAAGUUGUGGGAUGAAUAUCAGGUAAUUCGAGCAGUGAAGUCAGAUUCUCGGUUAGCAAACAAUAACCUUCCUCCCGACAUUCAGAAGUUGCGUUGCCGUGCUUGCUAUGAGGCCCUUCGCUUUGCUCCUAAGAUCGAGGUGAUGGGAAAGCUUUUGGUGGAUCGAAUGAGGUCUUAUGGUCAAUACAUAGCUUUGCAUUUGCGGUUUGAGAAGGACAUGCUUGCCUUUAGUGGCUGCACCCAUGAUUUAUCCUCAGAAGAAGCAGAGGAACUAAAAAGUAUCAGAGAGAACACAACAUGGUGGAAAGUAAAGGAUAUCGACCCUAUAGAGCAGAGAGCCAAAGGCUAUUGUCCGCUAACACCAAAUGAGGUUGGAAUAUUCCUAAGUUCUCUUGGAUUUCCAUCCAGUACCCCUAUUUAUAUUGCUUCUGGAGAGAUAUAUGGGGGCGAAUUACGUAUGGCUGACCUUCGGGCUCGAUAUCCGAUUCUAAUGAACAAGGAAAAGCUGGCAUCGCCUGAAGAACUUGAGCCUUUCAUCAAUCAUGCAUCACAAAUGGCAGCUCUCGACUAUAUUGUGUCAGUUGAAAGUGAUAUAUUCAUCCCGACCUACUUGGGCAACAUGGCAAGGGCUGUUGAGGGUCAUCGUCGUUUUCUGGGACACAGAAAAACCAUUUCUCCUGACAGGAAAUCCCUUGUUCAUUUGUUUGAUAAAAUCAAAGGGGGAACAAUGAAAGAAGGCAAAAACCUCUCAGAUCGUGUAAUUGAGCUUCACAGACGAAGGCAAGGUUCUCCAAGGAAGAGAAAAGGUCCCAUCCCUGGAUCAAAGGGCAAAGACAGGUUUCGUACAGAAGAGGCAUUUUACGUGAAUCCUUUGCCCGACUGCUUAUGUCAGAAAGAAAAUCCAUCCAUUAUUAUCAUAUAG